UGAUUUCCUGUUUUGACCCUCCCUGCUGUCGCCCCCAAUUAGAUCGAGGAAGACAGCGAAAGCAGAGGGGAAGAGAGAGAGAGAGAGAGAGAGAGCGAGCGAGCGGGAGAGAUCUCGUCGCUUCGAUGCCUCCUCGGCCUCCCAACUACGAAUUCCAAGAAUGGUGGAACAAGGAGCGGCUCAAGGCUCAGGGCCUUCUCUCCCCCUCCACCCCUCAGCCUUCGACGGCGGGGGACGACGCCUCAGACUCCGUCGCCAUCGAGGUAGGUACGCCUACCACUCCCGCCGCCGCCGGCAAGUCCCGAGGUCGUAGCCCGCGUCAGUUGUCAUGGCUCCUCCUCCUCCGCCUCCACAGCUCUGCCUCCCUCCUCGCCUCCCUUCCCUCCCGUCUCGUAGUCCUCCUCCGCACCGCCGGCCGCCGGAUCUACACAUCCAACUCCAGAACCGCCCCCGCUUCCCGACUCUACCGCCUCAUCCGCGCCUUCCUCGUCGUUGCAAUCCUCCUUCUCGUCCUCGAGCUCGCUGCUUAUUUCAAGGGCUGGCACUUCAGCCCCCCGUCCUAUGCCUCGGCCGAGGCUCUUGAGUUCAUUUAUGCUAACUGGCUCAUGAUCAGGGUCACGUAUCUCGCUCCUCCAGUCCAAACGUUGGCUAACAUAUGCACUGUGCUAUUUCUUAUUCAAUCGGUGGAUCGGGUAGUAUUGACGCUCGGGUGCUUCUACAUUAGACUCCGAGGUUUGAAGCCCGUCGCACAGAUCGAUUAUGGAAAUCAGCGAGAAUUGGAUGGGGGCAAUGCGAUAGAUGUUGAUGAGUAUCCAAAGGUUUUGCUUCAGAUCCCAAUGUGCAAUGAACGGGAGGUUUACCAACAAUCAAUUGCAGCAGUCUGUGCCCAGGACUGGCCUAGGGAGAGAAUGCUUGUUCAAAUAUUAGAUGACUCUGAUGAUGUGGAAGUGCAGCACCUUAUAAACAGUGAAGUGCAAAAAUGGCAACAGAAAGGAGUGUAUAUCAUUUAUCGGCAUCGGCUUAUUCGCACAGGCUAUAAAGCUGGGAACUUAAAAUCAGCUAUGAGUUGUGAUUAUGUGAAGGAUUAUGAAUUUGUUGCAAUAUUUGAUGCAGAUUUUCAGCCGGCACCGGAUUUCUUAAAAAAGACAAUUCCCCAUUUUAAGGGGAAUGCUGAUGUGGCACUCGUGCAAGCUAGAUGGGCCUUUGUUAACAAGGAUGAAAAUCUGCUCACAAGACUACAGAACGUAAAUUUAUCUUUCCAUUUUGAGGUUGAACAACAAGUCAGUGGUAUAUUUCUCAAUUUCUUUGGCUUCAAUGGAACUGCUGGAGUAUGGAGAAUAAAAGCUCUGGAAGAAUCUGGUGGUUGGCUGGAGAGAACCACUGUCGAAGACAUGGAUAUUGCUGUCCGUGCUCACCUUUGUGGUUGGAAAUUUAUUUUUCUCAAUGAUGUCAAGUGUCUCUGUGAACUGCCAGAAUCCUACGAGGCUUAUAAGAAACAGCAACACAGGUGGCAUUCAGGUCCAAUGCAGCUCUUUCGCUUGUGCUUUUCUGACAUACUUCUUGCGAAGGUUAGUUUCUUUAAGAAGGCUAAUUUGAUUUUCCUUUUCUUCUUGUUGAGGAAGCUGAUCCUGCCAUUUUACUCAUUUACACUGUUCUGUAUCAUACUUCCAUUGACCAUGUUCCUUCCAGAAGCUCAUUUGUCUGCUUGGGUUGUCUGUUAUGUCCCUGGUAUAAUGUCUGUUAUCAGCAUACUUCCAGCGCCACGAUCAUUCCCAUUUAUAGUACCAUACCUUCUUUUUGAAAAUACAAUGUCCGUCACCAAAUUUAAUGCCAUGAUAUCUGGACUUUUCAAAUUUGGAAGUUCAUAUGAGUGGAUCGUAACUAAGAAAUUGGGGAGGUCAUCCGAGGCCAAUUUGGUUGCGUAUGCUAAGAACGAUCCUGAGCAAAGUGUAGAAAGUAAUAUUCACAGAGCAUCCUCGGAGUCUGGUCUCGCUGAGUUAAAUAAAUUGGACUUGACCAAUAAGGCACAAAAAGCCAAGAUGAAUCGUAUAUAUCGGAAGGAGCUUGCUCUUGCUAUUAUUUUGUUGACUGCCUCUGUGAGAAGCCUAUUGUCUGCACAGGGGAUUCAUUUCUAUUUCUUAUUGUUCCAAGGAAUCAGUUUCCUUGCCGUUGGGCUAGAUCUCAUCGGGGAGCAGGUAAGCUAAUCCAUGUUGCCUCACUUGCUUCCAGACAAUCAACUUGUCAUCCACAGCCGCCCGGUUUAAGUAACAAAUGCCAUGCCUCCAUUGAGGUCGCUGACUGGUGGAGCAUCUCUUUACUACCAAGAGGUGUCCACAAUGGUACCGAUUCAUUCUUUCAAAGCUCACGUUGUAUACUUCACUCAAAAGCCCUGCUCAAGUCACAACUGGAUCAGAGUGGGUCCUGUGCUUGGUCAGGAAGGUUGUACAAUUCCCAGUAUAUUAUUUAUUAGUCUUUUUUUUUUUCUUCUCUCCAUUUCCUUGUCUGUUAUUAUGAUUCAGAUACAGAUAUGGAGUUCUCAUUUCAUUUUCAUUUUUUUUUUCUCAAUUUGGUUUUUGUAUUUUAUUUGGAAAUGACUUAUAUGUACUCAUAUGACACAGGACAAUAGCAAACUAGCAUGUAUUGAGGUAUAGCAGUAAUUGGUUGCUGUAAACUUGAAGAAUUAAGAGUUUGCAAUUACUUUUAUUCUUGUUUAAUAUUCCA